AUGAUGAACAAUUUAAUUGAUUUAACAUUUUAUGAUGCAUCAUAUAGAGAUAUCGUUCGAUUAAUGAACGAUGUUCCAUCUCCCAAAUUUUCUUCAUCAACUUUAUUGACAUUAAAAAUCAAGGCACAGACUUUUAAUGAUUGCCUCUAUAUUCUUGAUGGUCGUUUCAAUAACCUUCAAUCACUUGAUAUUGAUUUGAUGAAGAUUUAUCCAUUAUCAAGACAAAUCGAAAAUCAAAGAAAAAUUCCAAAUCUGAAGUGUUUUAAUCUCUCAUGUUUUUUGGAGACAUCGCUUUACAAUGAAUUAAUUGUUCCACUUCUUCAUCGAAUGUUGAAUUUGGAAAAACUUGGUUUAUAUAUCACGACUCAAAUCGAGAAAAGAUUUAUUGAUGGAAAAAGUUUGAAAGAAGAUAUUCUUUAUCAUUUGACAAAAAUGAAACAUUUCGAUUUUGAUAUUUAUUCAUUUAUUUCUAUGGAAAGUCAAAUGAGUUUUCCGUCACAAGAAGAUAUUCAACAAACAUUUAAAGAUUUUCCAUGUACAAAAGUAAUAUCUUGUGUUGAUUAUUUUCAUCGUAAGCGAAAACUAGGACAAUGUCAUGUUUAUUCAUAUCCAUUUCUAAUGAAAUCUUAUGAAUAUAUAACAAAUAAUUUUCCAGGUGGAUAUUAUCCAUAUGUUCGCAUAGUGUAUUUAUAUGAUGAACAUCCAUUUGAACAUGAAUUUAUUCGUCAAAUUUCUCUUGCAUUUCCAUUGAUGAGCAGAUUAACUUUGAUUAAUGAUUGUUCACAAAAUUCUAAACAAACGAUCGAUAUUAAUGAGAAUUUUGAAAUUAUUCGAUAUUAUCAUCUUAUUGAACUUGAUAUUGGACGAUGUCAUGAUGAUUAUACUGAAGAGUUUCUUAGUACAAAAACAUAUUUACAUAAUUCGAUUUCACUUCAUAUUAAUGUGGAAUCAUUUGCAAGAAUAACACAGAAUUUUACAAGAAAUGAAAUACGAAUUAAUUGUAGCAAAGUAAAUGAAAUAUUUUUAUAUGGAGAAAACAAAUAUUCGAUUCAAUCUUUACAAAAUUAUUUUCCUUUUGCAGAAAUCGAUUGA